AUGCAAGAAUUCGAUGAUAUCGACGAUAGUUUGUUAUUGAAUUAUUGUAAAACCAUUCCUAAACUUGAAUUACACGCUCAUUUAAAUGGAUGUAUUCGUCAAAAAACGUUUCAUGAAUUAUUAUCAAAAACUUCUCCCACUGACUUAGCCUGUUUAUUAUCGAUUGAAGAGAAAGAACGUCUAGCUACAACAUCACAUAAUCGAAUGUCUUUAAUAUUUGAUAAAUUUGCAUUAUUACGUUCUUGUGUGACGAAAUUAGAGGAUGUUAAACGAAUUACAUAUGAAACAUUGGAAGAUUUUUAUCUCGACAAUGUUAUCUAUGUUGAGCUUCGUACAAAUCCUCGUUCACUAUUAGAUGGUAGUACUAAACGUGAUUAUAUCCAAUGUGUUCUUGAUGUUAUGAAUCAGUUUCAAUACGAUCACGAGAAUAAAUUUCAUAGUCGAUUAUUAUUAUCAAUUGAUCGUGCACAAACGAUCGAACAAGGUUUUGAAACAUUAAAAUUAGCGAAAGAAUGUUCGUUGAAUGGUAUUGAAUUAUCAGGUAAUCCGAAUUACAAAACAUUUAAUCAAUUUCGUCCAAUAUUUGAAAAUUGUGGUUUAUUGACAACAAUACAUACUGGUGAAUUACCAGAUGACGAAUGUUUAAAAGAAAAUACUUCUAUACUCGAUUUUAAACCACAGAGAUUAGGACAUUUUAAUUACUUUACUCCAGAACAGUAUGAACGUGUUCGACGUGAACAAAUUCCUAUUGAACUAUGUCCAACAUCAAAUUAUCUAACAAUGAAUUUGAAACAUAUGAAUGAACAUAAUUUUAAAAGAUUUUAUCAAAUGAAUCAUCCUUUAUGUUUAUGUACUGAUGAUAGUGGAAUAAUGAAUUGUUCAUUAUCAACAGAAUUGUAUCAUAUAGCUAAAGCAUUUCAGUUAAAUCAAACAAAUGUUUACCAAUUAAUGCGCAAAACAUGUCAGUAUAUAUUUGAUAAACAAUUAAUUCAAACAUGUCAAUCUGUUUUGGAUAAAUAUGAAAAAGAAGCACGCUAA